AUGAACUUACAUCUCCAGAAUCCCCCGCCAAGAGACCCAUCUGAAGGCGAAGGCGCAGUCUCAAAUGCGCCGGAGCCUACAACAUCCCCACGCUCCUCCACAUCUAUCCCGACACCUGUUCCAAUGGACAGUAGCAGUGGCCGCAAUGCUGACUCCGCCCCGCCCCCCUCCCACCCCAUCUCAUCCCAUUCAGCCUCGAUAGUAUACACACCAGAUUCUCUCUCCCAAUCACCCACGCAGACCACUGCCAAUCCGCCCACAGCAGUGGAUCCAUUGUCCCCUCCGCCACCAGCACCAGGACAGACGCCAGUUCCCAUCCUACCAACUCAAACCGGAGCGGGCACAACCGCCAUGCACCCACCACCCAUCCCUAACUCUAUCCCCCCACCACCACCGAAAGCAGGCCAGAUCCCAGCCGCCGCCUCCUCUUCCGCUUCCGCUUCCACCUCCCGAUACCAACCAGCCCACCCCGCCCUGCAACAUCAACAACAACAACAACCAGAACAACAACUACCACCCCCACCCCCGCCACAGCACAACCAAUCCCUCACCCACCCGCCCGGCUACGUGCAAAACCCAGCCAUAAACGAUCCCCGCAGCGCACACACCUACACCUACACCCACAACUACCCCUACGGCGCCGCCUCCCCCGCCCCGCCAGCAAACACAAGCAACGUCGGCGGCAGCUGGCGCUGGGACGACGCCCCCGGUGGCGCGGGGGGGAGGUAUGUGUAUCAGGACGGCAGGGGGUGGGCGGGGCCGGGGCCGGGGACGGGCCCAGACGAUGUCGAUGAGGGUGCGUGGCCUGGUGCGGCGAUGUGGCGGGGCGCGGUGGAGUUGGUGAAGACGGCGGGGAAUCGGCUUGCGGAGGCGGAGGCGGGGGUGUGGAGGUGGGUUAAUCGGCGGUGA